AUGCAUGUUUCUGACAGGUUUCUGAAACAGAUUGGAUGGUCGAAUUCUUUCGUCUACACUUGCACGGUGGCUACCAUUAAGCUUUCCAUCUUGGCACUUUACAAGCGUCUUUUUGCUACCAAGCGCAUGCUUCUUGCUGUCAAUGUGAUGGCUUCCUUCGUUGUUAUGUGGGCCGUAGCUAUUUCCGUGGCUGGUGUUCUGAAUUGCCUCCCUGUUGCCAAGUUCUGGGACAGAUCUAUCCCCGGAGCUUGCAUGGACCCGGCCAAGUACUACUACGGCCAGCAAAUCCCUAACAUUAUCUCAGACGCCAUUCUUCUGCUUAUGCCGUUGAAAGUAGUUUGGGAUCUACCAAUUGUCAAAUCUCAGAAGUGUCUCUUAGCAGGCGUCUUUCUACUAGGUGGAUUGUGA